GAGAUAGACAAAGGAAGAGAGAGGAACAGGCGGAGGGUGGGGUGGAGAUCACAUGACAGUCAGAUGCUGUGGGUCACGUGCUCACAAGUUUACGGAACUUGUUGGCCUUCAAGAUGGCAGCUGUAGCCUCGCUGUCGCUGUUUAUAACUUUUUCCUUUUUCUCGUAUUUUGAGACGGGGGGCUCGACCGCGCAAGUGCCUCUCCUCAUGUGGUCCACGGACAGUUUGCCACCUGUGCCCUCAUCUUCAGCAGGCCGCAUCACGUCUGACCACCAGCUGGCCUCCUACCUCGCCUCCGCUUUUGAGACCGGCGCCCACACUGUGCUGCUCUUCCUGCAGGACAAGCUGAGCAAAGAUGACUUCACCACCUUCGCUGGCGUGUUCGGAAACGAAGAGGACGGCGUUUUCCGAAAUCUGAAGGGGCUGCUGCGGUCGUCUGCGUCGUCGGUGACGUUUCCCGCCGUGGCGUGGUCUCCUUCGACCUCGACGGCAGCUCUGCUGGAGGAGCAGCUGGGCGCCGCGCCCGCGCCGGUGGACGUCGACACCCUGUCGCGUGUGGACGUGGACCCAUCUGUCAGCAACCUGCUCGUCGUCAAUUUGCCAUAUUGCACAAGCUUGCAGAAGUCUUGCCGUGAAGUGCUACAUAACAAUGAUGAGGUUAUUGCCAAGGUUGUGAGUACAAUGGAAGACAAAAACGUGCCUUACACCGCGAUGUACACGGGAGGCCGACCGUCACGAGUGAUUUCCGAGCCGGCGGCUGCGGAGCGGCCCGUCGCUCGAGCGCUACUUCAAGCCGUCAUCCCUGAAGUCAGACCCCCCGUGAUGUUCAACGCGUCUGGCGGGCCGUGCAUCAUGAUGUGGGCUCGCAACCUCAACGUCACCUUCUUGCCCGGGUCCAAUUGGACCGAUCUGGCCGUUGACACGCCCUCCUUGACUGAGUCGAUGUGCAACUCCACCAACUCCCUGCUUGUGCUGAGUUACCCAACAGGCGUAACCCUGAGCUUUUCCAUGAGUCAGCAAUUCUAUCCGGUGUCAGCGAGGAACUGGUUCACGCUGGAUUCUGUGCAGCUGCAGUCUAAUGGCGUCACGGCGUCCUUCGUCGGGAGCCGCGCCAUCUACGCGCCCGCCGAGUAUUCCUUCCACUGCCAGUCGGUCAGCAGCUUCGGAGACGCUCUGCUCGUACCGAACUCUACCAACCCGAACGUGUCGGACUGGAGGCUCAACUUCAUCGACUUCCAGAUUCAGGGCUUCGGCUUGACCAACACGACGGAUUUCUCCUACGCCAGCGACUGCGCGGGCUUCUUCACACCAGGAAUUUGGAUGGGGUUGCUGACAUCGCUGCUCAUGCUGUCCAUCUUCGUGUACGGCUUGCACAUGAUCAUGCAGCUCAACACAAUGGACCGAUUCGACGACCCCAAAGGUCCGUCGAUUUCCGUGCCUCAGUCGGAGUGAAGUCUGCCCGAUCACAUUUGCAGCUCUGCUCUCGGGGCUGCUGUUUAAGACUCAUUCCCAAGUGCCAUGAUUGUCAGGUGUGAUGUCACCCUUGUAUUUUCUUUGUGUAAGUUUCGCCACUGUUGCCAGAGAAUGCCUUUUUUGCAUCAGCGUGAAACUGUGCUUGAUGCUACCAGAAUGUUUCAGACCUCAGACCUUUUUAAAAAACGUUCACAAUUUAAUAUUUAUGUCAUUGUAAUUUUAAAAUCUCAAUAUAAAAUGUUAUCAAGAAGUCCACCUAUCUGAAUCAUUCAUUUGCAUUCAAAUGUCAACUGUUCUCUUACAUUAUUUAUUUCCAUCAAGGCUCUUGAAGUUUUGGGUUCUUUAAACUCUGCAACGUUUGCUGCCGUUAAACUUGAACAUGUGAUUAUGCGCACUGAUAGGAUCCUAAAUAAAAUGUCAGUUUGGAAUUA